AUGGCGGGCGCCACCGAUCCCACUAUCGCUGACUUCACAACCCGAACUGCAAUGGACACCAAUCACAACGAAAAGGCUGGCGACGAACACUACACGGGAAACAAGCAACAUAGACAAGACCUCCAAUCCAAGAUCGAAGAUCUCAUGUCAAAGAGAAACAAGCUCAAGUCGGAGAUGAAAAAGCACGAGUUGAAGAUUAACGAGCUGAAGUCGAAAUUCAAGAAGGUCGAGUCCACGACCCAACAGGCCAAGGCCCAAAAGGUCAAGUUGAAGGAAAAAGUGUUCGAGUGGGGGAACAAUGUGCCCAAGUCGGUGAUCAAAGAAAUUUGCUUGGUGACCGACGAGUUUGACUCGGAGAUGAAUCAGCUUUUCUCAGAGAUCAAAGAGCUUUACUUGGAGAUCAAUGGAGAGACGAAAUCCAUUCACAUAAGAGCAGAUGAAGCCAUCAAGCUGGAUGCUCAAAUAUCACUUUCGAUCAAGGAAAUGUCGGAUGAGAUCUCCAUGCUAGAUGCAGACCUUCAGCGACGCAAACAGAUCAUUGAAGCAAACAAUGGAGCGGUUGGAGAGCAAGAACAAUUGGAACUCGACAGGCUUAGCCAGACCUUGGCAAAUAGUGAGCCAGACAACUUUGAGCACAUUGACCAACACUGA